GUCCAAGCAAAGAAUAUUAUUAUCGGUGCAAAGGACGACUCAAUUUUCCGUGAAUGGGAUGCCAGCGAGGCUGCUGACCCGAGCCCUCGGAAGGUCAAAGACGACUAUACUAUCUAUUUGUUUCGGCCGUUUCGUCGUAAGAAGGGAUGGAGUGGUUUUGGGAUGCCACUGCUUUCAGACUUUGGAGAAGCUCGCAUCGGGGAGCCCGACAUCUACCGUGCUCCCGAAGUGAUUCUCGGAAUGAGUUGGACAGCAAAAGUUGAUAUAUGGAACGUUGGAGUGCUGGUAUGCUACGAAACACAACUUUUACCGAUGUAUCCAUUUGUUACGUGGGCUAACGCAGAGAUUCAGAUCUGGGAUCUCUUCGAGGAUCACCAUCUAUUUGAUGGUAGGGGACCAGAUGGUCGUCAUUCUGAUGCCCAACUCCUCGCCGAAAUGAUAGCAAUCCUCGGCCCUCCGCCUGCUGAAUUUCUGCGCAAAUCAUCGCUCAGUCAAAAUUACUGGGACAUCUCAGGCCAAUGGAAAGCCUCCGAAGUAAUCCCACGUAUCUCACUGGAGGACUCCGAAGAGUAUCUGGAGGGAUUGAACAAGCAAAUGUUUACGCAGUUCGUUAGGAAGAUGCUUCAAUGGGACCCAGAUGAGAGACAGAGCGCUCGGGAACUUUUAACAGACCCUUGGUUAAACAAUCAACAGUAG